AUGCACAACUUGGAGAUAAAGAAACACUCAAGGGUUGACUUGCUUCUCCUGAGGAGCUCUGACCUUCAUUCUUUUCGGAAGCUACAAAGGGAUGUAGACGAAAUGGGCCUCCUGUCUAGCACUGAGCAGCACCUGUCGGGAAUUUUAACAACUUUAGACAACGUCGCGGACCAGGACAACACGCUAUACUGCUUAACACAACAAGGUGAACUAAUCGGGAUGUUAAAGAUUGGUACAAAACGGCUGUACUUGUAUAACGGGAAAGACUUACACUGCCGAAGCUGUGCGUGUUUAUUAGAUUUUUACAUACAGAGGAACUUCCGGAAGAGGGGCCUUGGGCUUGUUAGUACGACUCUCACUCCUGGAGAAAAAAAAAGAAAAGAAAAAGUGAACGUGUUAAUAAUGGAUGUGUUAAUAAAGGAGAAUGAACUCUUUAACUUCAUGUUGAGAGACAAGGCGAUCUCUCCAUCCAAAUUAUGCUACGAUAAUCCAUCCUACAAACUGCGGAACUUCUUGAAGAAGCAUUUCUCCCCGUGCGCGCUGAUAAAGCAGCCGAACAAUUUUGUCAUCUUUGCGGAGUACUUUGGCGAACCGGAAACGGCCCCAUUUGAGCAAUGA